GCUUUAUUUUUUAAUAUUGGCAACACCAAAAUUUUGACUUCGACGACACGCUACGAAAAGGAACUUGAUUGUGAAAGAUUUUUCGAUUUAUUAGCCAAUUUUUGGUGAAAACAAGCGUGAAUUGUCCUUCUUUUGUGAAGUUAAAUAGUUUUCUACUAAGGCAGUAACUUAAUCUGUCUUCCAAUCAUGGCAUCGAGUGAUGGUCGUAAUCCGAAUCCCCAGUCGAACUUGCGUCAGCAAAAUCUAACCGAAUUGGAUGUCACAAAACUAUCUGCUCUGUCACCUGAAGUUAUAUCGAGGCAGGCUACCAUCAACAUUGGUACCAUUGGUCAUGUAGCCCAUGGAAAGUCAACAGUAGUUAAGGCAAUCUCCGGAGUCCAAACUGUCAGAUUCAAGAAUGAACUGGAGAGGAAUAUCACCAUCAAAUUAGAGCGCCUGUCGGACACUAUCGUGAAACUGUAUCAUGAAAGAGCAGCUGAAAGAGAGGAAGCUAUGUUCUUUGAGAAACUGCAGAGGUCACAGAAAAGACACUUCACACCUGAAAUAGAUGAUCUUCCCCCGGCAAAGAAGAAAAAAGGAAACAAACAAGAAAAGGAUGAAUUUAUCAUUGAAAGUAUACUAGAUUACAAACUAGAGUCAGGCAAAGAGCUCUUCUUUGUAAAAUGGAAAGGUUACUCACAUGAUGAUAAUACAUGGGAGCCAAUUGACAACCUCGAUAAUUGUCCUCUUAUCCUAUCAGCAUUUGUGGCUGCCCAAGAGGUGAAACACUGCACUGAGUUAGAAAAACUCAAACAGGAAAUAUCCUUUGAUGGUUUACUAUCUGAAGAAAACCUUUUAAAGCGAUUGAGAGAUGUAGAAGAUAUUGACAUAUCUGCUAUCAAGCAAACCCUCAUUUUAAAGUUAUUAUUUAUGUUAAGUCUAGAUGAAUCAGAAGAAGAUUGUGUCUCUGACCUGGUUCAGGAAACACGUGAUGCUUACCAGUUAUAUGUCACUGCUAGAAAACGAUGUCGGCAGUUGAAGGAUCUCAAAAAUUGGGAAGACCAUCUGAACCAAGUUGAUACAUCAAAAAAGCUAAUUGUGGAAAAUAAAUACGAUUUUGCAGGACCUCCGGAAAACUUUGAAUACAUAAAUCAGAGCAUACCUGGAUUUGGGGUAGUGAUUCCUGAUGAACCCCCAAUAGGAUGCGAAUGUACUGCUUGUGAUUGUCGCUCCAAGUCUUGCUGUGGCAUGCAAGCCGGUCUUUAUGCUUACACCAAAAAGAAGCAAUUGCGAGUGGCGCCCGGAACUCCCAUUUACGAGUGUAACAAAGCCUGCAAAUGUUCAGAAGAAUGCAGCAACCGAGUAGUCCAAGGAGGCAGAAAUAUAAAACUAUGUAUCUUUCGUACUUCUAAUGGCUGCGGUUGGGGAGUGAGAACAGAACAAAAAAUAAAGCAAGGACAGUUCAUCUGCCAGUACGUCGGAGAAGUCAUAACAUUUGAGGAAGCAGAAAAGAGAGGGAGAGAAUACGAUGCGAAUGGCCUAACUUACUUGUUCGACCUUGAUUUCAAUUCAGUUGAGAACCCUUACACGAUUGAUGCGGCUCAGUUGGGAAAUGUGUCUCACUUCAUCAAUCACUCCUGUGAGCCGAACCUGGGAGUGUGGGCGGUGUGGGCGGACUGCCUGGACCCCAACCUGCCCAUGCUGGCGUUGUUCUCGACCUGCGACGUGGAAGCGGGCGAGGAGAUACGGUUCGACUACUUACAAAAAGCAUCUGAGCCUGAGGAUGGCGAGACUGCUAGUAGAUCGAGCUCGAGCGAAGUGCGCAGCGCGUCUGGACAAGAGCCGGUUAUUCCUGGAGAUUCGGAGACGGCGGCAGUCGAAGUGUCUUCGUCUCCAUCUAAGACCAGGUUUGAAGCUCACCAGAGCAACCGGACACAUCGAAACCUUACUGAGUGCAAGUGUGGAGCGGUCAACUGUCGGAAGUAUUUGUUUUAACGAAGGAUAAGGAUAUGAUGUUAGUUUUUGAUGAAAUAUGUAUGGUGUUGGGUACAAUGCAUGAUUGUACAGUAUUUUGCUUGAUUAUGGAAUAAUGUUUACAUUGUUAUUUUAUUAUUUUGACUGUAGUAUUAUAAAUUAGGUAUUGGGAUCGAGAAUCUCAUUUAAAUUCAAUUUAAUAUUAUUAGUAUCAAGUUUAGUGAUACGUACUUUUUUCUGUUGAGAAAUUUUGCAUGUUGUUUAUUAAUGGUUCAAUUAAUUUCUGUUCUUAUUCUAUGAUUAAAAAUUACUUCCUAAUUUCUUCUCAUCUCAAUCAUCAAAAGUAAAUGAUUAUACCUCUAUUAUUACUUGAACUCUCAAAAGGGCCUUGUAAAAUUUUUGUAACAACUUUUGUAAGUAUGGAGACAACUACUUUACAAUAUUGUCUGACAUAAUAAUUAUGUAUAGUUAAAUGAUAUUUUUAUUAAGUAUUAUAUUAUUGUAAUGUUAUCAUUACAUAUAACUGAAAACCUUAAGCACAAAAGUGGUGCUAAUAGAUAUAACAUAGACACUUAAGAUAAAUUGAAGCUUUAGCGGUAAUACUGUGCCUUUUAGAAAUAAAAAGUACCUACCUGUAUACGUUUAA